GCUCGGUAGGGACAGAAUCUCGGACUCGAACCCUCCGCUACUCCUCUCUCCGUCUUCUGCCCGCUCUCAACCCUCCUGUAGCGGAUCUUCCGCCCUCCUCUCGUGUGUCCGGAGACAGCGAAGAGCGCGUGCGAAAGUCGUGGGAAAUGCGAAACAGAGAGCCGGGGCGGCGAUGCAGAAGCCGACGGCAGAAGUGAGCCACAGAGCAUGUUGAUCUGGGCUGCCCGGCUGCAGGUCUUCUGGAUCCAUCUGCCUUGACGCCGGCACCCCGGACCUUCCCGCAGCCCCCGUCUGGCAGCCGGUACUCGAGACCCAGCAGCCCUGAAAGAGGAGAGGGCGAGAGCGAGCCCUCGGGAAGCGGCGAGGCUCUGGGAUCCACGCCCCUCCCCCGUUUUACCAUGAAGCCGACUGCUCCCUGGCACGGAGGAGAAAUUUGAAAGCAGACGGGGAGACCGGAGCAGAUCCUGGGUUGCUAAGUUGGGUGAGAAGAGACCUAUUGAUAAUGGCCCAGGGAUCCAGUGACAUGGAAACUGCUGAUCAAGAAGAGAACUCUCCAAACAUGAUUGUUUACCGAAAGAUAGAAGACUUCAUUACAAGAAUGCAAGAUGACAAAAUGGGAGGAGUGCCCAUUCGAACUGUCAAAAGCUUCCUGUCAAAAAUCCCCAGUGUUGUCACAGGUGCUGACAUAGUUCAGUGGCUCAUGAAGAACCUGAAUAUUGAUGAUCUAGCUGAAGCAAUACAUAUGGGAAGUCUCAUAGCAGCUCAGGGAUACAUUUUUCCAAUCUCAGAUCAUGUACUUACUUUGAAGGAUGAUGGGACUUUUUACCGUUUUCAGGCUCCCUACUUUUGGCCUUCAAAUUGUUGGGAACCAGAAAACACAGACUAUGCCAUCUAUCUUUGCAAGAGGACUAUGCAGAACAAAGCUAGGCUGGAGCUGGCAGAUUAUGAAGCCGAAAACUUAGCAAGGCUGCAAAGAGCUUUUGCAAGGAAAUGGGAAUUUAUCUUUAUGCAAGCAGAAGCACAAGUGAAAAUUGACAGAAAAAAGGAUAAAACAGAAAGGAAAAUUUUGGAUAGUCAAGAAAGAGCCUUCUGGGAUGUCCAUAGGCCAGUGCCAGGUUGUGUGAACACAACAGAGAUGGACAUCCGAAAAUGUCGCCGUAUGAAAAAUCCACAAAGAGUAAAAAAGUCGGUAUAUGGCGUUACAGAAGACUCUCAGUCACAAAGCCCUGUACAUAUGCCCUCCCAACCAGUUCGAAAAACAACUAAAGAAGAUGUUCGAAAACAAAUAACAUUUCUGAAUGUGCAAAUAGACAGACACUGUUUAAAAAUGUCUAAAGUAGCAGAAAGUUUAAUUACUUACUCAGAUCAGUACAUUGAAUAUGAUCCCUUUAUAACUCCUGCUGAACCUUCCAAUCCCUGGACAAGUGAUGACACUACAUUUUGGGACUUAGAAAUGAGCAAAGAACCUUCUCAGCACCGUGUCAAAAGAUGGGCAUUCUCCAUCGAUGAAGUGUUGAAAGAUCCAGUGGGGCGUGACCAGUUCCUUCGAUUUUUGGAAUCAGAAUUCAGUUCUGAAAACCUCAGGUUUUGGUUGGCCGUCCAAGAUCUAAAAAAGCAACCACUGCUGGAUGUAGCAACCAGAGUGGAAGAUAUAUGGCAAGAGUUCCUUGCUCCUGGGUCCCAGAGUGCUAUCAAUCUAGACUCUCACAGCUAUGAGAUCACAAGCCAAAAUGUCAAAGACCCAGGGAGGUACACAUACGAAGAUGCACAGGAGCACAUUUACAAGCUGAUGAAGAGUGACAGCUAUGCACGUUUUCUCCGUUCUAAUGCUUAUCAAGACUUGUUGCUGGCAAAGAAGAAGCCCGAGAAUGAGCAAGGUCGUAGAACUUCUCUAGAAAAGUUUACUCGCAGUAUGGGGAAGUCACUGGCAGGCAAGCGCCUCACAGGCUUGAUGCAAUCCUCUUGACAGCAUCCUCUCGGCAAGCAGUUGCUGACAUCUCUAAAAGACAGCUGCACUCAACCUCCAAGAAGAAAUAGCAUUUGGGGGCACAUGGGUCACUGUGUGUGUGGAAAAGAGAGAGAGAAUGCUAACAAGGAAGUAGCACAGAGAUGCACAAGGAAAUUAAGAUGGAGGGUCCAGCUCACAGGAGGUUGCUGUUUUCAUAGUUUACAUCAGCACUUUUCUUUCAUGUAGAGCUUUGCAAUGGCACUGAGUUCUGUAAAGGUAGUGCUGUGUUUCAAGUUUGAUUUUAGAGGAGCACAGUGUGCUGUAUGCAGAAUGCCAACUGAGACAGAACAAAGAGAGAAAGCUGUUCUUUAACUUGGAUGUUCUAAGAGAAAGCUAGAUAAAGAACAGCUAGAUGAGAUCAGUGUUGACAAUGGUGGGUGCUGCUUUCACAUACUCCGAGUUGCUGCUGCUGCAUGUAUAUGGACAUGUGUCCAUCUCCCACUUAUCUGGUUAGUAUUCACAUUUAUUCUGCCUAGCUAUGGUUAGUGGUUGUCACUGACUUGACAGCAACAUCCUGGAUUUGGCAUCCUCUCCAAAACCAGAAGAGUUCCUUCUGUCUGAAAGAACAGUAUGGAACAAAAAUGCUGCCAUUCUGGAGUGGAAGUGCAGAUUAAAGUAAGCAAAGAAUCAAGGUAAUAUGAAAGAAUAUCUCCACUUUUUUUUCUUGGUCACAUGCCAGCCUCUACUUGAUACUGCCCAAAAUUACCCAUGUUCUUCCCCUUUCUAACAGUCAUCUGGGUCCGAUAAAAUAAAUGCUGGAAGCUAGUUGUUCUUCAAAACAGUGAAAUGGAUUCAGUUCAGCCACCAAAAGAUUGACAUGUUUUUAUUCACUAUUUCAAAAAUGUCGGUAGCUCUUUACUCUGUUAUUCUUUUAAAGUAGGUGAUUUGUCCUAAAAUGUGUUUAGCUGAAAUGGAAGGAACUAAACUAGUAUACAUCGCUUAAGGAGCUGCUCCACUUAAACAACUUGAUUUCAGCAGAGUUACUUUGCAUUUAAACAUUUGAAAAAAAAACUGGCCUAGUCAGGCCAGCCAAACUUGUGACCCAGCAAGCAAAAUGCUGCCCUCAGCCAAUUACUGCUUUGGCACUGUUUUGUUUUGUUUUUUGCUGCUCUAGGCAGGUGCUGAAAAUAGGAGGGCUAUUUUUCCCUUUUGGGCUACCAUAUGUGACACAGGCCAAACUAGGCUGUGUGCAUGUAUAAGUCAGGUUGGGUGUGCUGGACCAAAUUUGCAGUCAGAAACGCAGUAUGAACUAGGGGACUCCUCUUAAAAAUUUGUCAUUGCUCCAUCCAGUUCUGAAUUGCUGCAGAGGGAAAGGGGAAGAUCAGGCUUUCCUCUUGCACCAUUUUUGUCACUAGAAAUGGCUGCAAGGGAGCUGUUUGCUCCUUUUGUUGACUCCAUAUGUCCUACGAGCCAGAGAAAGGGUCAAACAGGCUGCCCUCUUCUGCCAUUUUCCACAGCAGAAAUGGUGUGGGAAUAAAGCCCGAACCCUUGCUUUCCUCUCACAGUGUUCCAGAGCCAAAUGGUUCAACAGACUGCUUUUUAAGGUGUGUUCCUCAAUUCAUAUGUCGGGCUGCUAGUUGAAUCAGACUUGGGUAACAUGUCAUCUCUAGUUUGGCCUAAGGCACAAAUGGCAGCUCCAAAGUCAUAUAUGGCAGCUUAUAAGUGCAGCAGCAUCCUUAAGGUGACAAUGCGACACUGCCACAACGAAAACCAGGCAUGCAAGCAGAAAAUUGAAAGUAACCUGUAUUCCACUGCUACAUAUGGAAAGUAAAUAGAGUCCAUUCAUUUGAUAUCAUAAGGAUGGCCUGAGUAUAAUGAUGUUCAGCUGAAUCAAGACCUGUUUCACCGUUCAGCAUUUUAGAGGAAUUAUGUUCUACUCAUUUACAAAGUGGGCUUUCGGUAAUUAAUGGAAACAUCUCUAGACCUGAAUUCUUAAUUACUGAGGAGAAAACUGUCUGUUCUCCAGUGCCAUGCUAACCUAUGCACUAUGCUUUGAACUUUGCAGACAGUAAGUGUCAAAUCUGAUAUCAAGCUACAAUGUCAGUCCCUUCUCUGUAAAGUUGAAAGGAAAAGUAGUGAUUGUUAUUUAUAUAGCACCAGAGAUGUAUCUAAGGUAGAGCAGCCAGGGCAUGUGCCCUGGGUGCUACUUGAAGAGGGCACUAUCCCUGCCUGCCCACUCGUCACACCUGUACCUGUCAUGCACCUUGUUCCUGGCUGCUGCCACUGCAGCCACUUUUGUCACUGCAGCUCAACACAGCAUGCAAAAUCAGGCAGGUGGUGGAGAGGGAAGGUAGGCCAGGCUAAACCAAAAGGGCUGCAGAUCAUUGUGCACAUUACUUCCCUCACUCAACCCACUGAUGCGUGUACACACACAGUCUCUCCUGCCACCACCUCAGUUAAGUGCACAACCAGCCUGGCUUAUUCACGCCUCCUAUUAUCAUGAGGUGGAAUUUCCCUCCCCCAUUGAAAGCUUUGUUUUCUGGGCAGGCUAAGAGCCUGAGCACAUGGAUUCUUAUAAAUGAGCUUGGAAAGGUGGACAAAAACCACCACUGGGAGCCUGACAAGGAAACUUUGGUGCUUUAGCUCAGUGCCUGUGAGGUCUUUGGUAGAAAAGGUGCCAAGACACACACCCAUGGGUGAAAGAGUGAUGGCUGCACCCCAGCUUGGGAAAGGCACCUCUAGGGACUAGAGGAGAGUGUAUGCAUGCACACACAUGGAUCUUCCUCACCAGGGGCUAGCCUGCGGCCCAUCCACACAGCAGCUUCUCAAAGCAUAACCAGGCAGUUGCCAGGCUCCCAGUGUUUGUUUACUCUUCGCUCCACUCUGCCCUUGCAUUCCUCAGGCAGCUGAGGUGGUUCUGACGGUGGGUGCUGCCGGGAAGGGUCUUGGUAGCUCCCAGUGAGGGAUCGGCAUGAGGAUAGGGGGAUGGGUAUGGAAGGCUAGGAACUGCUCAGUGAGGUUGGGGAGGGAUGAGGAGAACUGCCAGGUAAUGCCUUUACGGCUGGUCCUCUUGGUGUCAGUGGGGAGAGGAGGGGAAAUGGCCAGUCUGACUUACUGAGGUUACUUUGUACAGAUCCAGCCUUUCUCCUCCUCCCCUUCCCCUGAACUUCUUGGAAUGGCUCAAGAUGCUGCUAGACCAAGCUGUAGCUGGGCAGGGCACAGCAACAAUAAGUCUUCUUUACAGGGGCUCUUGGUUUUGACUAGAGAGAGAGGAAAGAGGGUGGAAAGAGAGGAUGGGAAGGCAAGUGGGCAAAUCCUAAAAGAGCUUAGGAGGAGGGAACAAGCUGGAGGAAAAGUUGGGCUGGGAGGACAGGCAACCAGAAAACAAACAGGGAGGAGAGGGAAUUCGAGAGCAGGGGGGCAGAAAAGAGGGAGGGUUUCCAAGACUCAGCCACUAGUGGCACCAUGCCUGCCCCAUGCGGAGCCAAACUUUGGGGAGAGGCUCCUGCCAUUCUUAGCCAACAAUAAGGCAUAUGGCCAGCCAGUAGGAGGGCCGACCUCCAGGCCAAGUACCCAAGGGUCACACCAAAACCAAGUAUGAGGUUGGGUGUUAGAUAGGGCCGAAAUGUCAGUGCUUGCCAUUGGUGCUAUAUUCCGUAGAUACACCCAUGUAUAGUGCUAACCUUUACAAAGCAGUAAGUAAAAGAUGGUCUAAGGUACAGGAGGGACAAUAAAGGGAAAGAAGGGAAGUGGCUGGAGGGUAAAUAGAGAGAAACAGGUGUUCAGUUAAAUGACAUGUAGUAGAAAUUUGUUCCAGUUGGAAUGGGAGUGAUUGCAAGUUUGUGCCUUCAUGGAAAAGAUAGACUUUGAAAGAGAGAAAGAGGGUGUCAGAGUAUAGUUAUUCAUGUAUAGACACAAACAAUUAGCUAACCUGGUGGAAUGAAUUGGUCCUUUUUAAUUAAAUGCUGCACAAGUCCCAACAGUGUUCCAUCACCCAAGACUGAAUACAAGUUUUAUUCUCUUGGGAUAAUCAUGACCUCCUUCCCCCUUCCUUCCCUCCUCAAUAGGUCACUCUUUCCCUAUUCCUUACUCCCUAGGUCAUUGCUUCUCAAAUUUGUCCCCUUCUUUCCACCCUCCUGAUCUCUAUUCUAGGGACUAGUAUAGUAGAAAACCUUGUUCUGCAGUGUCUCCACAUGUGACAAUUUAACAUGUUAAUUCAACAUCUAAUCUGGAAACCACAUGCUUCCAAUGCUGCCAGUGUCUCUCUCUCUACCUCGGUGCAUAUUAGAUUGGUACAGGAUCAGUACCUGAGACACAAUACACACAAGGGAAGGUUGUACAAGACCUGUACUCAAAGGAGUAUGUGUUUCACUGACUGCUCCUUGCAUUUUCAUGACUAUGCUACAGUUGAACACAGAGCUUGAGAUCCUGUUAUUGCAGAUGUGUCAUCAGUACCAUUUUGCUCCAGAAUUUUCAGAUCCUGUUUUGCUCUUCCCAACACUGCACAAUGUAAUUUGUCUAACUCCUGUAUUAGCCAAUAAAUUCAUACCUACACAGCCUUUAAACCUGCCAGUGGUCCUGGUAAAAUACGAGAGCUUUUCUGUGGCAUGUUCACAAGUAGAAUACUAAAAAUUCUGCAAAACUCUGAGCAUGUGUUCUAAUCCAUUAGAGUUAUUCCAUCGUGCACUCCAAGAGACCUGGGCCUCUGUUCACGAGCCAAAGGUAUCAUUGGUAUGAUAGUGCCUAUUUUAAUUUAUGUUAUCUUCAUUUUAAAUAUUUGUAUGUCCAUCUUUUCCUUAACAAAAAGGGAAACCGAAAGCAUGUAACAACAAAAUGAAAUUAUAAUAACUGUCAUCAACUAAAACAAAGCUAUAAACAUUCAAUAAUCAGAGCAGCCAGGCCUUGAAUCCUGCUUGAUGCUUACUUGAAAACAAACUUUACAAUUUUUGCUUUUUUCAUUAAAAUUCUGUCACGUGGAUGCUUUUUAUUUGAAUUUAUGAUGAAUAACACAAAAGGACUGGUAUGUUUGGUGGUGCUGAACACUUAAGGAAUAGAUGAUUUGGGGAGGGAGUGCUUAGAUACAAAGCAAACAAUGAUGGCCAGAAGGUAACCAGGAUAUAUGUCAAUGUCAGUUCUUUUGGUUGAGGUACUGAAGUAUCCAUGGGGACAAGGUUAGUACAAAGACAGAGCUGAUUUGGAGGGGAAAAAUAGAAGACAACAUUUGCUAGUAGCCAAGAGAUAUGACGUUCAUGUCUGUGCUGGAGGCUUAAUGCUUAAUAUUUGCUGGCUGCUCUAGUCACCUUAUGUGCCUAAUAUACUGAUGCAAUGUUAUGAAUUAGCAUGGCAUUUCAUGGAAUAAGUCACUAUUAAAGAAACCCAUAUUUGA